AUGAGACAUGGAAAACAUUCAAAAAUUUACUUAGAAAGUGUCAUCAUCAUGCUAUACCCAAGUGACAGCUCAAUAGAAGUUUUUAUGAUGGAUUAUUAGAACAACAUAGAAAUAUGGUUGAUUCUAUAUGUGGAGGAGCUUUUAUGGAGAAAACUCCUGAUGAGAUUUAUAGUCUUUAUGAGAAUUUAAGUGAAAAUUCUAGAGAUCAAGCCUCUUUUGAAUUAUAUGACAGGGAUAAGAAGAGAGGAAUUUAUGAAUUGCAUCAUGAUGAUGAUUCUAAACUUAGAAAUGAGGUUAAUCAGAUUAAUCAAAGAUUAGAAAAAAUUGAUUUACUUAUUGACAAUAUUAGAAAGCCUUUUAACCCUCAACUUAAUUUGAAUAGUACAUGUCCUAUGUAUGGUGAAAAUGAUUAUUCUGAAUUUCAAUGUUAUAACUUAGAUCAAUCAUUUCACCUUAUGCAAGAACAAGUGCAAGUAGCAUACGGUUUUAAUAGAAAUAGGGAACCUUUUUCAAAUUCUUAUAAUCCUAAUUGGAGGAAUAAUUUUUCAUGAAGAGACCCAAAUAAUAUUCAAAAUCCAGAAGCACUUAGACCCAAUUCAAACUCUAAAUUUCGUCCAAAACAAGAAAACAGAUUUCAGAAAAAUCAGCCCUCUCAAACCUAACUUGAUACUAUGGAAAUGAUGUAGCAAAUGAGCCAAAUGAUGCAACAAACUAUGAAUCAAAUGAUGCAACAAACUAUGAAUCAAAUGAUGCAGCACCAGAAACAAAUUAUAGAGGCCCUUGGGAAUAAGAGAGAAGAGGGACAGCUACCUAGUCAGCCUAUAGAAAAUCCAAGGAACCGCCCAACAAUAGGAUUUCAGCAAGGGGAGUCUAGUAGCAUGAAUCUAGGAAAAAACCCACGAAAUGAAAAUGUUAGGACAGCGAAUGCAUUAAGUAGUGGUAAGAUUUUACCUGAUCCUUAUCCCCAAACAUUAGAAGAAAAAGAAAACGUGGACAACCCAAAACAAAAUCAAAUAGGAGUAGAAGAGAAUUUUAUAGAUUCUACCAAGGAAAUUUCAAAAGAGAGGACAACCAUUCCAUUUUCUAAAGCUCUAGAGCCUAGACAAAGAAAGAAAAAGGAACACAAUGAAGAAAUAAAGAAAAUUUUACAAGAUGUGCAAAUUAGUCUUCCUUUACUCACUGCCAUUGAACAUAUUCCUGAAUAUGCUAGAGUUUUGAAAGAAAUGUGUACACCAAAAAGGGCACCUAGAGUAGAAAAAUUAUCUAUGCAUGCUAGUGCAUUAUUAUUAAAUCAAUUACCAUAUAAAUUGAGAGAUACAGGUGCCCCUUUAAUUUCAUGUGAUAUUGGUGGAUCCAUUUUUCAGAAUGCAUUACUUGACAUUGGUGCUAGUAUUAAUUUAUUACCUGCAAGUAUUUGUGAUAAAUUUAAUAUUUCUAAUCUUAAACCUUCUACUGUUACCUUACAAUUUGCUGAUAGAUCCAUAAAAUAUCCUAAAGGUAUUUUAGAAAAUGUGAUAGUGACAGUUAAAGGGUGUAAAUUUCUAGCUGAUUUUGUAGUGCUGGAAAUGGAUUUUAAUGGACAGUUUUAUGAUACGCCAAUCAUCCUAGGGAGACUAUUUUUGCAUACAGCAAAGAUGAAUAUUGAUUUUCCCACAGGUAUUGCAAAAAUUUCAUGUGGAGAUCAAUCAAUAGAAAUUAAAAUUUUUGAGGUAUCAAAUGAUCUUAAGAAAUCUCAAGUAUAUGAUUGUCAUACCAUAGAUCUUCUAGAUGAUUUUGAUGAUCCAGAUGUUAUUGAUGACUGUCUGCUGGAAGAAUUAGAGGAAAUAGAGAAUAUAAAUUUAGAAGAAAAGAAAAAGGAAGAUCAUCUGAAUUUAGAGUUGAAACCUCUUCCCUCUAGUUUAAAAUAUAUGUUCUUGGAGGAAAAUAAUUUAUUUCUUGUUAUUAUUGCAGCUGAUUUGAGUGAUGAACAGGAAGAAGAAUUAAUAGAUGUACUUCGAAAAACUAAGAAGGCUAUGGGCUGAAAAAUGGAUGAUCUAAGGGGCAUUGAUAUGAGUGUAUGCAUGCAUAGUAUAUAUCUAGAGGAGGGGGCUAGAACUAGUAGGGAACCACAACGAAGAUUAAAUCCUAACAUGAUGGAAAUUGUAAAAAAAUAAAUUUUAAAGUGGCUGGCUGCUGAUAUUAUUUAUCCUAUUUCAGAUAGCAAAUGGGUUAGUCCUACACAAGUGGUGCCAAAAAAAUCAGGGAUCACGGUUAUAA